AUGCCUCUGAGGGUUCUCGUUGUCGGCGCUGGAAUCGGCGGCCUUGGGGCUGCCAUUGCCCUCAACCAAGCCGGGCAUGACGUCUUGGUCUUCGAGCAAUCGCGAUUCCUGCACGAAGUCGGUGCAGCAAUACACGUUGCGCCCAAUGCCUCGCGAAUCCUGCACUCGUGGGGGAUCGACCUGGCAGCGCUGCAGGGUGUGGAAUGCGAGGCGAUCAAGGUGUGGGAUGCGCAGGGGAACUUUGUUUCGACGGCCAUGGAAGCGCAGGACUAUAAGAAGGCGCUGGGGAUCCGGGAGCCCUGGCUGCUGAGCCACCGAGUGGACUUGCACAAUGCCCUCCGUGCAGCGGCUGCGAGGGAGGUCGAGAUUCGGUUGUCUUCGCGGGUUGCGUCUGUGGAUGCUGAAGCCGGAGUCGUCACGCUCGAAGACGGCUCGGUCUACACGGGCGACCUGGUGAUAGGGGCCGAUGGGAUGCACUCGAGAACCGUCAAGGCAAUCACCGGGACAGACCAGAAGAAAGAGAGCACCGGGCAGAGCACGUACCGGUGGCUUGUGCCGGUCGCCAAGCUCCGCGAGAAUGCCCUGACCGCGCCGCUGCUUGACAGAAUCGGCCUGAACGCAACGCACAUCUUCGCCGGCGGAGACAGACGCCUGGUCAUGUACCCAUGCCGGAGCGGGACGCUGCUCAACGUCGCCGGGAUCCAUCCCUCCAGCACGAUGGCGAAGACCGAGAACUCGUCGUGGCUGGACUCGGGCAACGUCGACGGCCUCCUCGACACAUAUAAGGAGUUCUGCCCUGCGCUGCGUGAAAUCUGUCGACUAGGCGAGGACGUUCGACUUUGGAGCCUGGCGUCCCGCCAGCCGCCGCGGAGCUUUGUCAGGGGGAGAUUGGCGUUGCUGGGUGAUGCGGCGCAUCCGACACUUCCACACCAAGGGCAAGGCGGUGCGCAGUCGAUUGAGGAUGGCGCUGCACUGGGGGCUCUUUUUACAGUGGGAACUACGCGGGAGGAAGUACCACAGCGCCUCGAGCUAUACAACGAGACGCGGUACCGGCACGCCGUGACUGUGAUGAUGAUGUCGCAGAAGCCCAACGAGCGACGGGCGGAGAUGAUCGAGGAGCUGCGGCGCUACGUUGCAGAUGCUGAGGUGCCGUCGGACAUGUUCAGGUUUGCCUGGGGCUCGGACCCCGUUGGGAAGGCCAGGGGGUUACUGACGGCGGGGCUACUUGAAGGGGGGAGCCGGUUGUAG